CCAGCAGUGCCACCCACCUGUGCCCACCCAACUGUGCCCACCAGUGCCACCCACCUGUGCCCACCAGUGCCACCCACCUGUGCCCACCCACCAGUGCUGCCACACCAGUGCCACCCACCAGUGCAGCCCAGCAGUGCUGCCAGUCAGUUCCACCAUCAGUGCUGCCAGUCAGUGCCCAGCAGUGAUGCCAGUCAGUGCCGUCUAUCAGUACCCAUAAUCAGUGUCACCUAUCAGUGCCGCCUAUCAGUGCUGCAUAUUAGUGCCGCCUAUCCGUGACACCUCAUUAGUGCUGUCUAUCAGUGCC